AUGGAGCCGGAUCUUGCGACGCCCGCCAAUGACCUACCACUCUCUAACCCGACCGAAGGCGGAACAACACAUCCCAACCAUCUCUCUGCCGUGCUACCGUCGUCGACUUCAGGUGGAAAUCUUGAAACAAAUGGGCAAGUGAGUGGCCAGAAGCAAAAGGAGAUUCCUACCUACCGUCAACUGAAAAAGUAA